GGCGGGAACAAUAGAUCCAGAACAAGAAUCUCGACCAAUGAGAAAUUGAGGAAUUUAGCUUCAGCAGCUGCUGAUAUAAAAUCUGUUUAUAAAACCUAGUGCUCUCCUUUACAACGAAACCUUUUCAUUAGAAUUUCUGCAAAACAGGUGUUUUCAUCAUGAGGAUGUAUUUAGCGGCGUUCACACUGUGCCUCAGUGCAGUAUUUGCUGCACCUACUUUAGACAAGGAGUUGGACGACCAUUGGGAUCAGUGGAAGGCCUGGCACAGUAAAAAAUAUCAUGAAAAAGAGGAGGGGUGGAGGCGAAUGGUUUGGGAGAAGAACUUGAGAAAGAUCGAACUGCACAACCUCGAGCACUCCAUGGGCAAACACACUUACAGACUCGGAAUGAACCACUUUGGUGACGUGACCCACGAGGAGUUCAGGCAAGUAAUGAAUGGCUACAAGCAAAAGAAUGAAAGGACAUUCAAGGGAUCUCUCUUCAUGGAGCCCAACUUCCUGGAGGUCCCAAACAAGCUGGAUUGGAGAGAGAAGGGAUAUGUGACUCCCGUGAAAGAUCAAGGUGAAUGUGGUUCUUGCUGGGCCUUUAGCACUACUGGCGCCAUGGAGGGUCAGAUGUUCAGAAAGACAGGAAAACUGGUCUCUCUGAGUGAGCAGAAUCUGGUUGAAUGCUCCCGUCCUGAAGGCAAUGAGGGCUGCAACGGAGGUCUCAUGGACCAGGCCUUCCAGUACAUCAAGGACAACAAUGGGCUUGACUCAGAAGAAUCAUACCCUUACUUGGGAACUGAUGAUCAGCCAUGCCACUACAAUCCCAAUUUCAGUGUAGCUAAUGACACCGGAUUUGUUGACAUUCCCAGUGGAAAGGAGCAUGCUCUAAUGAAGGCUUUGGCCGCUGUGGGGCCUGUGUCUGUGGCUAUUGAUGCUGGACAUGAGUCUUUCCAGUUCUACCAGUCAGGUAUCUACUUUGAAAAAGAUUGCAGCAGCGAGGAGCUCGAUCAUGGUGUUCUUGCCAUUGGUUAUGGCUUUGACGGUGAAGAUGUUGAUGGCAAGAAGUACUGGAUUGUCAAGAACAGCUGGAGUGAGAACUGGGGUGAUAAAGGAUAUAUCUACAUGGCGAAGGACAGACACAACCACUGCGGUAUUGCUACAGCAGCUAGCUACCCACUUGUCUGAAGAAGAAUACCUCAAGUAUCAAGAAAUAGCAUCAGAAGACCAUAUUAGUGUAUCAGGAGCCUGAGUGGCUCACUGAAACCCAGUGUAGUGAAAAAGUAGUCACUUGACACAGAUGACUGUUUGUAUUGCAGUCUGAAUAAGACUGGACUGUCAGAGAAAAAACCUUAACGCUAUUGUUAUUGAGUGACACUGUUUUAGGGAAUUUUGCAAUUGUUUUUGGUUAUUUGUUGCCACUGAUUAUAGUUGAUUUUGCCUCAAUGCAUUGUAAAUACAUGUUUCUCACUGUGAGUCUAAAUGUACAAAUCUUUUAUUUCUACUACCUUUAUGAUCAAUAAAUAUAUUAAAA